CCAUUGUAUUCGCCUUUAAAGUUGCAGCCUGGUGGACAUUUUGAAUAAGUUUCAGGACAUCGUUUAGCUCCAACUGAAUGACUAUAAUUAUAUUUACGGGGUUAAAAACAUGAGAUAGUCGAGGAAAAAGCAUAGCUUACAGUAUAUAUAGAAUCAUAUUGUCAUUUGAGCCUGCAGCUUCUUUUCCAACCAAAUGUCUUGGCGAUUGAUCAUUUUUAUUUUUCAUAUUUAUGUCACAUCCAAAAACUACUAGACAUUGCACGAUUGGAAUUAGUUUUUUCUCAACGGCAAUAAGUAAAGGCGUUUUUCCGUCUUUAUCUUUCAAGUCAAUAUCUGCUUCGUGUGCCAAUAAGGAAACUACACAUUCGAGUUGAUUUUUUGAGACCAUAACAUGUAACGGUGUUCGUCCGUUGAAAUCUAAUGAAUUAAUAUAGCAUCCUCUUUGAAUAAGAGCCUCUAAAACUUCCCUAGAAUUGGCCCAAUGAAGAGGCGUUCCACCAUUAAUCAUAUCCUGAGUGUUUAGCUUAUUAGCAUUAUUUUGAAAGAAUUCUGCAACAGAAGCUGUUGGGCUUACAGUUGUUUGAAAUCUUUGUUGUGAUCCUCCAUUAACAUGACGCGCUGAAAUAUUGACAUCCGCUCCAGCGCAUAAAAGUGCAUUGACACAAUCAGGAUUAUUGCUGAGACAAGCUUUAUGUAAUGGCGUGAUUCCUUCUAAAUUAAUGUGAUUCAAAUUUACGACGCUUUUGUUAGCUAAUAUUGAAAUCAUCUCUUUUGACGUAUUUGCAGCGUAAUGAAAAAUUCCAUCACUAUUGUAAUCUAAGUGAUCAAGCUUAACAUGUGUCAAAAGAGAUUUAACCAUUUCAAUAUUCUUAGUUUUUAUGGCCAGUUGAAAUGGAGUCAUGUACUUUACAUGAUCUGGAUAAUCUAUCAAUUCAGCAAUCGAAGGAUUACUUAAGUAAUCUCCUAAAUUAAAGUAAGCUACAAGAUGUGCUAAUGACCAUGAAGGAUUCUCAAUUAGCAAGUCACAGACUUUUUGUAGUCCUGGGAUGUUGUAAUAUUGAUUAGCCAUUGUUACGAAAUUAGGUACGCGAUGUGUAAAUGCCUCAAACUUUGCUAACGCGUCGUCCUGUGUUUCCGCUCGAUACAAGCUAAAAAUUGCGAAGGAAUGAGUCAUGAUACUAAUUGAAAUAUUUUACGUCAUUUAAUGCUUUAAUUUCUCUAUCAAAUCAGCUAAACUUACCUAUAUGAUGAGUUUACGUUCUCUGCCGCUGGUCUGUAGAGAACAACUUCGUAACAUCGUUUACUAUUUUUUGAUGAUGCAUCAGGCUGAAUCGGUGGUGCAUAAAGUAAUAAACUAUCGUCUCUUUGUAAGACAUUAUAAUUUGCAAUCGAGUCUAAACUCUUCUCAAUUACUUUAUUUGCUGGAAUAUCUCCUGACAAUAAAUUUUUGAUUGCUACAAAGGUUUAAAUAAUAUUAAUGACUGUAUAUUGAAUAAUUCUUAAACAUUAUCAUCAAAUUACGUGCUCAAUUAGGCACAUAAGUUUUAAACAUGAUAACAUUAAAAAUUACAUGCAAUGAUUAAUACAUAUGUAAGCUCUUUUCGGCUAGCUAAUGCAAGAAAAACUGAUGACAAAUACUUAGUCACUAAGUUAUAAGAUGAGCAUGACCUUCAAUGUCAUCUAUUGAUCUCUGAGCCGAAUAUUAUCAAAUUAUUUCAAUUAAAACAAAUACUGUCUAUUGACACUAUUUUAGUCAUCACUCAAAUGACAAAGAACCAAAUAUUUAUAUUACCAUUAAACAUCCUGAUGAUCUACAGGCCUAUUAAUACUUGAUUUUGAACACUUUUAUUGUUUAUUACUUCUUAGUACUUCCUUAAAAAAUAUUUUUAAAAUCGUUUAAUUCCGCCGUACUUCAAAUUUUUUUUAUUAUUAUAAGAUCUUUUUGUUGUGACUUUUUACAUGCUUUUAUUCGACUUGUCUUAUUCAGUGUCCUUUUUCGAACCUAGCAAUCAGUUUUUGGACCACGAUUGGCUAGCAUACAUUGAUUUUAUCAUAAUUUAUUGAUUUUUUGCAUGUUUUUAACCUCUUUUCAGACAUUACUGGAUCUUUUUGAAAUUGUCAAUCCGAGCUGGUUUGAAGAAUCACGAUGCUGAACAUAGUUAACAUAAGUUUCAUGCAUAAAGGUAAUACAAGUCAAAUUAGUUUAACUGUCAGAAUAUCGGCAAAUAUAGCACGUGGGAAGUGAAAAAGUUUAACGGUUAGGGAGAAUUUGUAAAUCAUAAUCAAGAAUCAGGUUAAGGUUUGCUAAAAUCAUGCUGGAACAUAAGUUAUCGCAUAGAAUAAGAUUAAUUAAAGCGUUUAAAAGUCAAUUUAAAGAAGUGGAAAUAAAAGCGGAUAGUGGGGCAUUAACUUAGUAAAGUUUAGAUGAUUCUUUCAAAACACGAGCUAGUUGAAUUGACCGAUUAUUAUAAAACUGAAAUUGAUGAAAAUUGUUUGAAAAAUUAAUUAAUAUAAUUAAACGAAACGUAGGCGUUUUAAGGUGUAAAGAAAGUAUCAGUAAGGUUCUUUAAAAUGUCAAAAAGACCGGCUGAAGAUGGAACUUCGUCGAGUGGUGCACAAACGAAAAAGGUUUCAACAACUUAUUUGCCCCAUACGAUUGGUCCUGUAUCGAACUCAACGGAACUAGACAUAAAUGUCUUGAAAUUUCAGAAUAAAAAAUUGGCUAAUCGUAUAGAACAGAGAAAGCGAACGGAGAAUGAGCUCAGGGCAAGAAUUGAUCAGCUAGAAAGUCGACAAACGCAAGACGAUGCUGUUCUUAAUGCCGUUAAUAGAUAUUGGAAUCAAUUUAAUGAGGACAUUAGAAUACUUUUACAGAGAUUCGAUGCCGAAACGGCAGAUGAACAGGAAAGUAAAAAUGAGAGUGAAGUUACAACUUCUUUUCUUGCACAAUUAUCAACAUGGGAUAAAGAGGAACUGGACGAGAAUCUUGCAAAUAGAGUACAAAUUUCCAAAAGGGCUGUUGGCAAAAUUAUCCAAGUAUUUGAUCGUUUAAUGCAACGUAAUGAUAAGAUUCUACAGUAUAUAAAGGGCGAUGAGAUUGUAAACAUUGAAGCAUCGCUUCGUGAGCAAAUCGAGGAGGUCAUUAAAGAAAAUAGAAAUUUGCAUGAGAAAAACAUGGAGCUGCAUUCAAAGAAUCAAACUGUAAUGUUGAAAGAAGCCAAAUUGCUUGAAUCAUUAGCUGCUUACGAAACUGCGGAAGCAGAACUAAAACACAAGAUUGAUGGGCUUGAGUAUGAGCUGGAAAAAGUUCGGUGUCGUAAUGAUAAGCUAGAGAAUCACUUGGCAGAAGCGAUUGAAAAAAUUAAAAAUGUUACUGUCCUUGGAAAUGACUCGAAAACUGAGAGACCAAGUAGUGGAGCUUCAAUGACAACAGUAGCAUCAUUACAUCUAGAGGAGCUAAAGAAAGAGCUUGAUGAGUUUAAGGAAUUGGCUGCAAAUCGUAUGCAAGAAAUUGAGAAAUUGAAUGACGAAAAGGCUUCAUAUGUGAAUGAAAUUGAUAAGCUGAAAAUGGAUAUGCGUCACUUACCAGAGUCUGUUAUAGUUGAAACAACCGAGUAUAAAAUCUUACAAUCUCAAUUUUCAGUUCUUUAUAAUGAAUCGAUGCAGAUUAAUACUUUAUUAGAGGAAGCAAGAGCCCAACUAGCUAAGAGUAAGACCGAAUAUCAACGUUAUAUAGAAUAUUUAGAAAGUAAUGAACUUGACGAGCAGAAGAAACUGCGAAAUGAACUUUUACAGAAACAAUAUGUAUUAGAUCAAACUCGUAAAGAAUUUGAGAAUUUGCGUAACAAAUACGAACAAAACUUAGCGGCAAAUGAGCAAACGGCUCCAAUCAAUAGAGAAAUGCGUCAAUUAAUUACUUCUCUUCAGAAUCGUAAUGGACAAUUCAAAAAAGAGAUUCAGCGAUACAAGAGAAAGUAUAAAGACAUUAAUACUGAUAAUACAAAACUCCGAAAAGAACUUGAAGAAAUGUCAGCAAAAUUGAAUGCUUCGUCUAGCAUUAAGCCUGAAAAGGAUGUUAAGAAUGAAAGUUUAUCGAGUGUAACAGAAGAUGAGCCAUCUGAUGUUAAGAAUAUAAAGGAAGAGUCAACCACUGAAAAGGUAAAAACGGAACCGGAAGAAAAUGAUUCAGAGAUUGACGACAAGAGUUCUUUGACACCAAAUGAGAAAACUUCUGUAGAAGUUGUAAAAAAAGAAGAAGCGCCAUCAACAUGUAUUUCCAAACUUGAACGAGAAAAUCGUGAUCUUAAAGCUCAACUAAAGAAGGCAUUGAAUGAUCUUAAAGAUACAAAAGUUGUCAUGGAUACAUAUAAAGGUGUUGGAAAGGAACAACGCGAUAAGGUUCAGUUAAUGGCUGCUGAGAAAAAAGCAAGACAGGAAGUGGAUGAGAUCAAAAUGCAAUUAAAGAAAUUGCAAGAAAGUAAACGAGAAGAUCGAAAGGAUAGAAGGGCUGAUGAGGAUAUCCUGCGAAAAUUAAAGCAACUCGAGGAGAAAAAUAUUGAGCUUCAAAAACAAUUAGCGACUCAGAAAGCAGUCGAUGGACAAUGGAGCUACCGUCCUUUCGUCGGGUCCAAUGUAGAGGAAGAAGCACUUUUGAAUGAAAUCGAACUGACGGGGCAAGCGUAUGAUGAGAUGCAAGAGCAAAACGAUCGUCUCUUACAACAGCUUAGUAGUAAAGAUGAUGCCAAUUUUAAACUGAUUACUGAUCGUAUAAAUGCAAGUCAGAAGCAGGCAUUACUUAGUGCACAAAUCAAUGAGCUAGAAAAACAGAUUCAGUAUCAAGAACAUCAAAUGGAAACGUUAAUAACUUUAAAGCGGAAGUUAGAAGAGAAGGAGAAGAUUCUUAUCAAUACAAUAUCAAAUUUGGAAAAGGAAGUUGAUUUAAAGCAAAAAGCAAUGGAAACGUAUAAAAGAAAAGCUACGGAAUCAGCACAGUCUGCUCAGGAAUUGAAGAUGCAUUUAGAGAAAUAUGUCACAAUGUUGGUCGAGACUCAACAAAUGAUGGAUCAAAAGGCGACACGAUUCAUGCAGGAAUCGAAUAAAAGUAAGAAUCUUCAGGAAGAACUUAAUGUCUAUAAGCGUAAAAUAGAUAGGAUGAAAAACAUGGAGAUGGAGAUGUCAGGUGCUACAAUCGAUGAAGUUAUUUUGCAAGAAAAUAGAGAAUAUAAGGAGGCACUGACGUGCGACUCGUGUAAAGUUAAGCAAAAGGAUGCAGUCCUGACAAAAUGUUUCCAUGUUUUCUGUUAUGAAUGCUUAAGGAAUCGUUACGAUUCGCGACAAAGAAAAUGUCCAAAAUGUAAUGCUGCAUUCGGAGCCAAUGAUUUCCAUCGCCUUUAUUUAACCUAAAUUAAUUUCCAAAUUCAAAUAGAAUCAUGUAUAAGUAAGUUGAGAACGUAAGCCGAUAAUUUUUAAUUUCUUUAAAAAUCUUUGAUUAUUAAUUUUAAAUUUAUUACAAUAAAAAUCCACAAUUUCAACAUAAAAAAGUAUAGCAUUAAUGUAAUUCUUUUUUUUUUACUGUUAAACACUGAUGAAGCUUGCAAUUCAUAUCGUUUCAUUCAAGAAGAGAGUAUUUUCAUCUUUUAGCUAGUAUAUAUGCAUAUAUAUAUAUUGGUAGAUAUUAUCAUUAUUAAUAUUUAUAUAGUUUCUGUUAUCAAAAUAGUUCAAUUUAUUAUUAUUUUCUUUUCUUUAUUACAUGAUUCGUCUCUUCGUGAAUGAAACUUCACUUAUUUUUCAGCAUUUCCUUUCGCUUUUUUCUUUUUUACUUCUCUGGAUUAUGCAUCGAAGCCAAGAUCUAAUCAUUAUUUAAUAAUUGAAAAUUUCUCAUCCUUUUCUUGUAUAUAAAAAAAUAUUAAGUUUUUCAUGAAUUUUUAAGCCAAAAACAAAGUUUAAUUAAUUGCAUUCAUAUUUUACUUAAACCAAAAUAACGUUUUCCAUAAUAUUUUCACUUUAUAUCCCACGAAAAUUAAAAUUAAUAAACUUAUAAUGAAUGAACAAGAUGCGCAAGCAUUGACAAUCCAAUCAUGAACUUUUAACUUUAAGCAACAACAUUUAAAAGUUAUUGACAAAUUCAUAAAACGUUGUAUUGGACAUUACAAGUAAACGACUCGUAAUCAAAUAGUCAAUGAUGGAAGUCAUAUAAGACUAAUUCAUUGAGAUAUCAAUGCUUACGCACAAUGAAAUUAUCUAGGUAAGAUCGAGUAUACUUUCAACUGUAUUCAUUUAAUCUCUCCGACCAUUCUUUGUGCUUUGGCUAUUUAAAAAAUAUAUAUUAAAUUGUAUUACUCUGAUACAUGCCUUCAAUUUUAAUAUUCUUCUUCUCCUCCUUUGUUUAAUUAAACUUAUAAUAAAGCAAUAUUUAUCUAAUAUGGGUAAAUUGGGAUUUCUCUUCUGCUACGUUCUUCAAUAAAUUCGUGAAAUAUGAUGGUGUUAUGUAUGGCUUAAUUAUUUUUCUUCUAUCUACGAGCGAUCAGCUGUAUAUCCUUCAUUCAUCAUAUUGUUAUCCUUACUCCUUAUUCCUUACUUAUCGAAAAUUUACUCGAUCUUUUAUAUUUUGAUUGAUUGAUUGUUUGUUUGUUUGUUUGUGGGUGUGUGUGUAGGUAAAUUAAAACAAAAAAUCCGGAUGCCGAGACAUCAUCUUAUCAUUUCUUCCCUUUUAUCUGUUGUAAAAUUAAAGCAUAUUAAUUCAAAAUCGAAUAGAUUUUACACUGUAGAAAAUUAGACAAAAAAAGAAGAAGCAAGAGUCAACGACGAAAGAAAAUUCAUAUCAUUUUAUGAAUGAAUUGUAUGGCCAUUUUUUGUAUAAAGAGAAAAUAUAUAUAACUUAUUUUGUCAAAAACACCCAUAAAUCUACAGUGAAAUUCCACUAUGAUAUAUUUACAUCCAUCAUCAUCGCAUCAUCAGAUGUUGGUGUGUUGCUAAAGCCCUGAAGGUGACUGGCUACAAAUUGAGGAUUAACUCGUGGAUGAAUUGAGUUAUUAUUAUGUGACGAAUUUGGAUAAAAAUGUUGAGGAUGAUUUGAUAUUCCAGCGAUUGAGGACGUUGAUGCUCCUGGAAAAACUCUAAGGCUCAUGUGAUCUUCUCUAUGUCUUGGCGUUCUACGUGGACUACGCGCUGUUAUCACUCUCGGGUGAUUAAUUUCCUCUAAAACUGAUGGUGCUACAUAUGUGAAUCCCUGAAACAUCAUAUUAGCACUCUCGCUGCAAUAAAUA